AAGAAGGAAAACACCUAGAUAAACCGCAAAGGUCUUUUUUUUUAACACAUAUCUUAAAUGUCGUAAUGAGAACUUUUUCCUAAAAGCUCAGAAUUAGGACUUGGACGACUCCAGAUUAGGAUCACCAUGGAGUUUAGGAAAGAGGAAUUCAAGAAAUUGGCUGGGAAUACCUUAGGCCGUCUGCACAGGAUAUUGGAGAAACGACAGACCAAUGGAGAAACGAUUGAGCUUACAGAAGAAGGGAAGCCUGUGAUAAAAACAGAGAAACGCCAGCCUGUGGUAGACUGUACUUGCUUUGGACUGCCCCGUCGCUAUAUCAUUGCCAUCAUGAGUGGAUUGGGGUUCUGUAUAUCAUUUGGGAUCAGAUGCAACCUUGGAGUGGCCAUUGUUAGCAUGGUGAAUAAUAACACAGUGUACAAGGGGAACAAGCUCGUUAUGGAGCAAGCACAGUUUUCCUGGGAUCCAGAAACAGUUGGAAUGAUACAUGGCUCAUUCUUCUGGGGGUACAUCGUUACGCAGAUUCCGGGAGGCUACAUAUGUCAAAAAUUUGCAGCCAACAGAGUGUUUGGAUUUGCAAUAGUUGCUACAUCAACGUUAAACAUGUUAAUCCCCUCGGCAGCCAGAGUACACUAUGGCUGUGUCAUCUUUGUCAGGAUCCUGCAGGGAUUAGUAGAGGGAGUGACAUACCCAGCGUGCCAUGGAAUCUGGAGCAAGUGGGCACCACCGUUGGAGCGCAGUAGGCUGGCCACAACAGCUUUUUGUGGUUCCUAUGCUGGAGCUGUGGUGGCCAUGCCUUUGGCUGGGGUGUUAGUACAGUAUACGGGAUGGAGCUCAGUGUUCUAUGUCUAUGGGAGCUUUGGUAUUUUCUGGUACAUGUUCUGGAUUCUUGUCUCAUAUGAGAGCCCAGCACAACAUCCCACAAUAUCAGAAGAAGAGAGAAGGUACAUUGAGGAGAGCAUUGGCGAGAGCACAGGUUUCAUGAACCCACUGGCGAAAUUUAAGGCACCUUGGCGAAAGUUUUUCACCUCUAUGCCAGUAUAUGCGAUCAUUGUUGCAAACUUUUGCCGUAGUUGGACAUUCUAUCUCUUACUCAUUAGCCAACCGGCCUAUUUUGAGGAAGUGUUUGGCUUUGAGAUCAGCAAGGUUGGUCUUCUCUCUGCACUACCGCACUUGGUAAUGACAAUCAUUGUACCCAUUGGAGGGCAGAUAGCUGACUUCCUGCGUUCCAAAAGGAUAAUGUCUACUACCAACGUCCGUAAAAUGAUGAACUGCGGAGGUUUUGGUAUGGAGGCCACGCUUCUUCUAGUUGUGGGCUAUUCACACUCCAGGGGAGUAGCCAUCUCUUUCCUUGUUCUAGCUGUGGGCUUCAGUGGAUUUGCUAUAUCAGGUUUCAAUGUGAAUCAUUUGGACAUUGCACCUCGCUAUGCCAGUAUUCUCAUGGGUAUUUCCAAUGGUGUUGGAACCCUGUCAGGCAUGGUUUGCCCCCUCAUUGUAGGAACCAUGACAAAACAUAAGACUCGAGAAGAGUGGCAAUAUGUUUUCCUGAUUGCAUCCCUUGUCCACUAUGGUGGUGUCAUUUUCUACGGCAUCUUUGCUUCAGGAGAAAAGCAGCCAUGGGCUGAGCCAGAGGAAACCACUGAAGAGAAAUGUGGUUUCAUCCACGAAGAUGAGCUUGCUGAGGAGAGUGAAGAUCAGCCUCAGGGCUACGGUGGUGGCUAUGGCAGUUAUGGUGCCACCCAGAGCACUAAUUUCCCCAAUGGCGGCUGGCCAGCAGAAUGGGAGAAAAAGGAAGAGUUCAUCCAGGACCAGGGCAAGGACCCCUAUUUAUAUGGGACGGCUGCAGAAAGGGACUUGUCUUGAAAAUUAAAAAAUUAUACAAAAGUCUAACUAAAAUGACAGCAAUGUCUCAACUUCAACUGA